UCCUCCCACUAUCGGGGGACAGCCUUCUGCGGGCUCCCCCUCUCCGCCGCUACCGGGAGGAGCCGUUCCCCCGGUAUCGGCGGGAUUGGCUGCGGUUCCGUGACGCGGAGGGGUGGGACCGCAUUACCACCGGCAUGAGCGCGGCCGAGGGCCGGCCCCGGUGCCGCUGGGGCGGCGGCGAGGCGGUGCUCCGUGCCCGUGCCGAGGCCGCCGGUUACCGGAGGCUGCUGCGAGCCCGAGCCGCCGAGGUGGAGGCGUUGCGGGGCGCGGUGGGCGCGUUACACCGGCAGCUGGAGGGGCUGCGGGACCGGCGGAGCGGGGAGCUGGCCAAGUACCAGGAGCGGGUGGCGGAGCUGGAGCGGGAGAUCGGGGCGGCGGAGGCGGAGAUGGCCCGGUGCCUGCGGGAGUACCCGGCGCUGCUGCGGCUGCGGAUGGCGCUGGAGGCGGAGAUCGCCGCGUACCGGGAGAUGCUGGAGAGCGAGGAGCUCCGCCUGGGCGGCUUGGCCCCGCCGUGAGCCCCGGUGCCACCGCCGGAGCCCGGCCCUGCCGUUACCACCGGAGCCACGGUGCCGGGACCGGACCCUCAGCCCCACCACCGGCCCCCGGUUCCUCCGCCGGACCCCAGACCCCCGAUUCCUGCACCCCGGUUCCCUGGGACCCUCGGGACCUCUCUGGACUGACGGAGCCCCGGUCCCUCUGUCCCCCCGUUCCACGGGUGCCCCGGACUUGUGCCCGCCUGGCCCGGGAGCCCCGGGAGGGCGGCGCCCGUGGGGUCUCACACUCACCAGCCUCUCCGGGGCGGGGGUCCCGGCCCAGACCCCUGUGGAAGCACCUCAAUAAAGCCCCGUGGCAUCA